UAUCGUUAUCGGCAGACAGCUGAUUGGCGGCUUCUUCAUUUACAAACAAUUGUGGAAUUUGCAAACAUUUGGAAAAAUGGACUACGAUUUCAAGAUGAAAACUCAGAUUGAGCGUACGAAGGUGGAGGACCUAUUCAAUUAUGAGGGCUGCAAGGUGGGACGCGGAACAUACGGCCACGUCUACAAGGCGAAGUGGAAGGAGACAAGCGAUGGCAAGGAAUAUGCCUUGAAGCAGAUCGACGGCACAGGCUUGUCCAUGUCCGCCUGCCGCGAGAUUGCAUUGCUGCGCGAACUGAAGCACCAGAACGUAAUUACCCUCAUCAGAGUGUUCCUGUCGCACAACGACCGCAAGGUGUUCCUGCUGAUCGACUAUGCGGAGCACGAUCUCUGGCACAUUAUCAAGUUCCAUCGGGCGGCCAAGGCCACCAAAAAGCAGGUUGUGGUUCCCCGCGGCAUGGUUAAAAGUCUGCUGUACCAGAUUCUGGAUGGGAUUCACUAUCUGCACAGUAAUUGGGUGCUUCAUCGUGAUCUGAAGCCGGCCAACAUUCUGGUAAUGGGCGAUGGCAACGAGCGGGGUCGCGUAAAGAUCGCCGACAUGGGUUUCGCGCGCCUAUUCAAUGCUCCAUUGAAACCGCUGGCAGAUCUGGAUCCCGUGGUUGUCACCUUUUGGUAUCGCGCUCCGGAACUGCUGCUCGGUGCUCGUCACUACACCAAGGCUAUCGACAUCUGGGCUAUUGGCUGUAUUUUCGCCGAGCUACUCACUUCGGAGCCCAUCUUCCAUUGCCGCCAGGAGGACAUAAAGACCAGCAAUCCGUACCACCACGAUCAACUAGACCGCAUCUUCAAUGUAAUGGGCUUUCCGCAGGACAAGGACUGGGAGGACAUCAAGAAGAUGCCGGAACAUCAUACGCUGACAAAGGACUUUAAGCGCUCCACAUACUCCACCUGCUCGCUGGCCAAAUACAUGGAAAGGCACAAAAUCAAGCCAGACAGCAAGGCCUUCCACCUGCUGCAGAAACUGCUGCUAAUGGACCCCAACAAGCGCAUCACCUCCGAACAGGCCAUGCAGGAUCAGUACUUCCAGGAGGAGCCGCAGCCCACGCAGGACGUAUUCGCCGGAUGUCCCAUACCGUAUCCCAAGCGUGAGUUCCUCACCGAUGACGACCAGGAAGAUAAGUCGGAUAACAAGCGACAGCAGCAACAGCAACAGCAGCAGCAGCAACAACAGCAGCAACAGCAGCAGCAACAACAGCAGCAGCAGCAAAUGAACGCCGAGCCGAAUGCAAAGAGAGUUCGGUUGUCCGGAGCUGGUAACCAGCAAGAUUUUCACCACCAGCAGCAGCAGGCCCAGCAGCAGCAACAACAGCAGCAGCAGCAGCAACAGAUGAUGUUCAACCAGCAGCAGAACUUCCAGCAGCGCUUCAACUGAGAGACUGAAACAUGCAGCAUUUUUUCUAAUACUUUCUACUAAACCCUAGCCUUCUAAGUAUUUAAUGACCUUAGCGCGUAGCAAAUUCAAGCAAGUAAAGUGUACAAUACAUACAAUAC